AAGGAGGAGUCAUUACGUUUGAACUAAGCGCGCCGCUUCACUGUUUUCACGAGCUCAAAACUAAACCAAAAACAAGCCAUAUAAACAUAAUUAUGGAGUUUAAUUGAACAAAUACUUGUGAAUAAGACCUCUCGAUUGUCUCGACGUUAUCUGGAUCAACAAUGCCCAUUCGAGCAUACUGCACCAUCUGCUCAGAUUUCUUUGAUAAUUCCAGAGAUGUGGCUGCAAUUCACUGUGGUCACACUUUUCAUUAUACCUGUCUUCUCCAGUGGUUUCAGUCCGCCCCGUGCAAAACCUGUCCACAAUGCAGGAAACAGGUCAGUACGCGGCACAUUAUCAACAAGCUGUUCUUUGAUGUAGCACCAGAGGAUGAUGGGACGCCAGUGGAUCCUGAAAGUUUACAGAAUGAUCUUGAUCGCAUGAAAGCAGUGUUGUCUGAAAAAGAGAAAGAAUGGAGGGGCAAGCAGAAGUCAGUGGACUCUCUAAAAGACACAAUUGAGAGGCAGAAGAAGGACCUGGAGAGACUCCACAAGGAAGUCGGAGACAAAGAGAUGUUGUGUUCUGUCCUCCGGAAACAGAUGAAUUUCUUGGAGAGUCAGAAAAAUGAAGGGCAGGCAGCCAAAGAGGAAGCCAAGCGACUCCGAGUCAAAAUGAAAACCUAUGAGAGUUUAGAUGUGGUCCUACAGGGUCAAAGGUCAGAGGUAGAGGCCAUGAUCACUGAUAUGGGUGUUGGUCAGUCUGCUGUUGAACAGCUGUCCAUAUACUGCAUCUCACUUAAAAAGGAAUACGACAAUCUGAAAGGAAGCCUUAAGUCAUCAAAUGAGAUGUGUGAGAAGCUAAAAAGGGAACUGAUCUCUUCUAACAGCAAGUUGCAAAAGGCUACUACAGAGACAAACAGGACAAAGGAGGACAUAAAGGCACUUCAGAAUGACCUGUCCAACGCAGACAAAGAGAUCACUAGCUUGAAGAAGAAGGUGGAAAUUCUUCAGCGGACGUUAAGCACUCCAACUCGCACUAAUGAAGCCAUCAGCAGACUGGUCUUCGAAAGCCCUGCUCCUCUGGAGCUCAAGCCUCCUGGUCAUGGUCCGAUGACAGACUCUCAGGAAAUUGACCUCAACCUGACCUUCGACAUUAACACACCUGAACAGGUGGAGAAGAAACCCGUUCAGGUUCCAUCUAAGAAGAUGCGUCUGGACCCUUCAUCGUCCUCGUUCAAAAACACGGAAAAUGCGCUUGGACGUAGUAACGCUCGUGUUAAAGAAGAUGAUAUCAUGAUGGGGCCCAUGUUAAGGAACUCGCUGCUCUUCAGAAAGAACGCAUUUGGGAGCAUGCUGGACCCAUGCAAAUUUGGCACUGUAAGAUCUGGCUAUGAUGGACUUGGAGGAAGAGCCAAAUUUAUCCAACCUUCUCCUUUAUCUGAGAUUCGACCCCUCGCCAUGAAGUCCAAGAGGAAGAAGGUCUCCAGGCCUGUUACAAGCAAGCCCACCUCCAGCCUGACCACUCUGGAUGGUUUCUUGGAAUAAAACAUCUCCCUUUUGAGGCCUGCAAGAGACAUUUUUCCCAUGAUGCCAGCCAAAACUGCAACAAGGGAAGCAACUAUUUACAGCAGCUUUAAUAAGGGAUGUGGUCCUAGAGGUCUAUUGCUAAGAACAUUUUCUUAUGCGAGUCUGACCGGUUUCAGGGCCAUCUGCAUCCACAGGGAGCUGGUGAUAAACGGAGAACACUUCAUACCACUUGCUUUUGGAAAUUUUCAGUAGAGACUGAAAAUGAAGUUUAGUGCUAGACGUGUUUUUGGAAAUCUCAUUGGCCACUCUGAGCUGAUCUAUAUGUUUAUCUAUGUGUGUUUUUAGGCUCUUCCUUGUACAGACUGCAUCGUGCCACUGGGUGGUGGGUGCCUCAUAUUACACUGAAAUGAAUUUGUGUCUCAUGAGAUAGAAAACAGGCCGGCAUUUGAAGCAUCUUUAGGUCAGAAUUUAUGUCCAGUUUCUGUAUCUAUAUUUGUCUGAUCUGUCUUUGCCUUUAUGAAUGAAUUUUGGUAGAAAUUUGACACUUUUUUUUUUUGGAAUCCUUUUUUUUUUUUCUUUUCUUUUACUUAAUUCUGUACAGAUGAAUAUAAUUUGAAACAAUAAACUAGCUUUUUAUUAAUAUAUACAUACCCAUUGACAAUAUCUAUCAUGAUUCAUGACAGAAAAGGUGCCUUGUAAUAUAUCAAACUCUAAAAUAUAUAAGCCAGACAAAAACUUCACUUGGUCUUCAGCCUUCUGAUAACAUUUGUAUGUAAUGUAGAUAAAUAGCAACAAGCUGAAUUAGAAAUGCUUUGGCUGCGAUGAAACAUUUUUGUGAAUCUUGCACAAAAUUGAAUGUAAUAAAUAAGGUGUUAGUCUGUACAGUCAGCAGGGGGUGCUAAAGGAUUGAGUAUUUCAGGAUAUUCAGUAAUCUUCCAAGAAUCCUGAAAAAAGCAUGAUUUGCACAAAAUUAUUAAGCAGCACAGCAAUAUGAAAUGUUUCAUGAGCACUAAAUCUGCAUGUUAGAAUGAUUUCUGAAUGAUCAUAUGACACAUUCAGCUUUGCAUCACAGUAAUAAAUUACAUGUUAAAAUAUAUUAAACAUAGAAAGCACUUAUUCUAAAUUGUAAUGACAUUUAACGAUUUUACUGUAAUUUUGAUCAAAUAAAUGCACCAUUGA